UGCGGAAGUUGCUCCAUAUGCGCUACAGAUAAACGAUGUGCUCAACCCCGUGGGCCUAAGUUCUAUUUUAAAAUGAUUGAAGCGGGCAGCAAAAGGAAAUUCUGAUUUUAAAAAGUUGUUUCACAGGUAGGGGACGCUAUCCCGUCGACGACCAAGUUGAAUAACGCUGUACUGGAAUCGAACGGACGACGGACGAGAUUGAAGUUGGAGCAGAUUUACAUCCGCUUUUUGAACAAGUACGAUAAAGUUAAUUUUAACGGUGAGGAGAAGGGUCCGACGGAAGAGGGAAACGACGAGAAGCAGCAUAAUCGGAGGUGGUCAGCGCGGAUGUUGCACUCGGUGCCGGCGGUUUACGACCAACAUUAUGUGUCGGAAGUGAUGACGGGACAGUGUUGGAUAUCUUGAGGGUCCGCAGUGGUGCGGGACAUGUUUGACGAGUAUUACAUAAACAUCCGGAAAAACAGUUUGCACCAGUUCUGGAAGGACCGUCUGUACGAAAGCCGCAGGUCAUGAAGCUGUCGUACUCGGAUUACUUCCAGAGGUUGGAGCGAUAUCCGACGAACCUGAUCAAGAACAUCUACCUGGAAUACCGAAGAAGUCACCGCAACUCCCGCCUGCAAACGCUCAACUCGCGACGGCGCAGCUUCUGCCGGAUGAACUGGCAACAUCUGUGCCAUUCUCGAAAGAGGGAACUAUCGGUUCAGGCGCUUCACUUCCCAGCUGGAAAACGUCGACUUCUCUUCCCGAAUCAACAACCAAUGGCCAACUCCUCCAAGCCUGUCCAAAUGAUGGCCGGCAACGAGUCCACCCUGUUCUCUACAUCGCUGUCGCGCUCGAAAAUGAAGGUCGCGAUGUUGCUGCCCAACGAAACGUCCAUCCGUAACCUGCUCAGCCUGGGGUCUUCGGACGUGACCGGUGGCCAGUGUUGCGUUCCUCACGCGCUCACGCGCUCGUGAGCGCUCACUUUUCGCUCAUUCGUGAGGAGGAGCGCUGCGCGAGCUAGCUCACGUUUGCCCGCGCUCACGUUUGCUCCGAUUUUUUCAGCUCGCGUUUGCCCCACGCUCGCGCUCGCGCUCAUUUUUCGCUCACGGAGCGCUCACUUUGGAAGUAUCGCGAAUCGUUUUACUUUUUUGAGACAGUUUUUUUGUUUUUCAAUCCUAGUUAGAUUUUUUACUUAAGGCGCAGCAUGUCAGUGGAAACAUCAGUUAGGAACAUUUUUUUAUAUAUUAAUUGAAAAGCUUAUUUUCAUUAACCAUGUUUUUGAAUAAUAAAUUGGAUUCACAAGGGUCAAAUCAUAUUGGAGACCUACAGUCAGAGUUGAAAAUAUAAAUAUUUUCGAAUUAAUCGGCCUUACCUUAAUAAUAGUUAAGGUAAGCAGAGACAAUUGCUGGGGGAAGGGUAUAAGCGCGUAAACAAAAAGGACUGAAAACCUUAGGAAAACUUACAAAACAAUGAAAUAAUUCAAGAAGAUUUAUGCUGGGGUAAAUUCGAUUCAGUGUUAUGUGCUUGGUUAAUUAAAAUAUAAAAAUAAACUGUUUUAUGUACCUAAACAGUUUGUAUGCUACCAUUCCAGCGUGCGAAUCUGAAUGAGCAACCAUUAAACAAAAGUCAUUCCGUUUAAUAAAUUGUUCAGUGCUUGGAAAUGGCUGAUCAUUUUUAUAAAGUUAAUCUUUCUCAUUCUUAUUCUAGAAAAUAGGGUUUAAUUGUUGAAACAGUUCUCUUUUUACAAAAAAGCCUCAAAAUUGCUAGUGUUUGAAAUAACCCAUUUGAAUGAAAUAAUAUAAAUUGUCAUUGUUAUGUUUUAGCACAUAAAGGAUGGCUCCUUUUCCCCAAGUAAAUUAUAUUUAACACUUCCGCUACCAAGCCUCUGAAAAUAUUCAAUUACAAAUUCAAUAUAUGAUUUUUUGAAUAUGGACAUUCUAUAAAAUGUUCCGAAUAUGAGGGAUGAUUAUAACUUUUAUAAAGCUUACUGCUGGGUUUUUUAAUGGUCCAAUAAAACAAAUUUUAUUUUUUUGAUGUUUUUUAAACCGCCUUGAGUCAAAACUCCGGAUUCUAAAAACUUAAAAUAAAUAUUUGUCAAUUAAUUCAAUUUUUGUACAUAUCAGUGCAUCUCUUCACGUCAAUGAAUUUUUACAUUAAGAAUGAGUUAGGCUCCAUCCAUAAAGUACGUCACGC